UCGUCGGACAGAAGGCGGAAACGGAAUCAAAAUUUGGUGGAACUUUCCAAUGAAGGAAUUUGCGUUAUUCUUUGCCAAUCAUUUCGGCGAUACCAAUGAAGGAAUACUGAUUCAAAGCUUAUCCUUAAAUACUUUUUUUAUUAAGACUUUCAUUUACUCAGUCGUCGCCCUUACCUUGAUCAAACGUAACAACAGAUGAUAACCAUUGCCUAACUCCAUUUCUCCGUGUCCUCUGAAUUCGUUCAAGACGCAAUCUUGUUCAAUACCCAUUUGUAGUAAUAGGAUUCUGUUGAUGGGUACGACGGAUAGAUCGCCAAAUGAUGAUGCCCAAAAUGAUACUAGCAGUUCGACGACAAGUUCUGGCAAUGAGUAUGUAAAAGAGAAGGCUGCUGUUGCUGUUGAUGAUGAGAAUGAGAUCGAAGGAAACAGGAAAGACAAAACACCACCACUGAUUAAUAGAAUUGUGGUGAUGGAGCCUCUAGAUAUAGAGGAUGGAUCACGAUCUGUCAUCAUUGAGAUUAAAAAUGAACAAACUGCCAUUGAUGAUGAUGAUGAUGAUACGAUUGAGAAAACAAUUUGCAGGAUUUGCCAUUUGGGUUCUCAUGAUAUCAAUCAAUCAAUUGAUGAUUCAGAUUCACAACUUAUCCAGCUUGGUUGUGGAUGCAAAGAUGAACUUGGAUUCUCACAUAUGCAAUGUGCAGAGACUUGGUUUAAGCAGAAAGGCAACAUAAGGUGUGAAAUAUGUGGGAUGAUAGCGAAGAACAUAAGAAAUAGUGUAAUUAAUGUUGAAGAAGAGAGGAGAAGAAUAUAUAUGGUGCAAUUGAGAGAGAUGAGUUUCAUGGAAACUGCAGCAGCAGCUAACAUGAACUUUUCUUCAGGAAUAGAAAACAAUCACAAGUGUCAAAGAACCAUUUGCAACAUCUUAAUGGCUUCCGUUAUUUUAAUCUUCUUUCUUCCUUGGUUCUUACAUAUGGAUAUAAUGUGAUUCUAUUCAAACUACUGUUAUAAUUCUUAUACAUAUACUGGACAUCAUAUUCUUCCUGGAUAUUGUUGACAUAUGUCUGAAUUAGUUUUUAAUUAUAUGUUGUG